UUUAAAUUUAUACAUAAAUAUCUGGUGAGUAGAUAUCGUUUGGUUGACGCUAAGUUUUACGUUCAAAGUUCUGCUAUUUUACGUCUUUUGAAAGUAAGGGCUAUGCGCCAAGUUUCUCUGAUUUUGCAGCUGUGCUGCAGUUGGAAUAUAAAUAAAACUGUCGAAUUGGCAUUUGAUGAUAUUUAUUGUUCGAUUGUUAGUUUCGCCUCAGCAAUGUAUUGCGUAGUUGAUAAGUUGUGAAAUCAACGAUGAUUUAAACAUAAAUCUGAAUAGUCUCAUAAUACUUAAAGAUACAAAGUGAGGAGUGGUAGUACACUUUUCUUAUGGAAUCUAAUGAACUACGUUAAGGCAAGAAUCAAGACCUGUCUUUAAAAUAAACCUAAGUGAAUUCAUUGUAAAGUUGACACUAAGAUCAUAUUCAGCUUAUGAACAGCAGUCAUUAUAUAUUUCUGCAAUUUAUGGCUAUUUUAUAUAACCUUCUACAGUUUUGGUGCAGACAUUUUUCGCAUUCUCUAUCAGAUCCUAGUUGAAUAUAUUGAAAAAUAAAGACUAUUACCGCCCCUUAAUUUCCGAAAGUUUUGUAGAGUAUAUUAAAGUGAAGUUAGAUUUCUAUUAAUCACAUACUCUACAUUUAUCAUUUACUAAUUCUAAAAUAAAUAGUUUGACCUAAGAUGUGGUGCAAUGGCCAAGCAGCUCUAGCAACAAAUUGUUCAAACGUUAUGGAGCAAAUCAGUUAAGUGGAGAAAAAAAAUACGGGAUACAAAUGAUUUAAUCAAAAGAUUAAAAUGUUAAGUAGAUUGCCGAGACACUCCUCUAUUCUUUCAGCUAAGUACUAAACAGCUUCCAAUACUCAAAAUAGCGAUUUUAGUGGUCAGUAAAUCACAGAUACCGCCCCUAAAUGCCCUGGUACUGUCAAGGGUGAAGAGAGUCCGCUCUCCCCCUCCGAAUGCUCUCACAUGGCCAUACAUGUAUAGCCAUUCCCACGGAAGUCCUACUCACUGCCUUCUCGUGGCGUGAGUGUUGUUUACGAAAUCGAGAAGACGAAAGGCGAAUGUUCGGCUCUUCAACCGGGUUAGUGGAUAUGGAGGAUCCACCUAGGGAAGCUGGAGAAUCCCGAUUCCAAACUAAUGGUGCAAGUAGGAUCCAGGAUCCUGAGGGAACAAAUGGCGUAUAAACCAAUCUUUGGUCACCGGCUACUAUGGGACUGCAUCUCCUUAUGUUGCUCUACUGUCUUGUGGGUUAGAUCUUCAGGUCAAAAGCUCCGGGUGUGGUCUCCUAAGAAAACCACCUGCCUCAGUCUGGGCACCCGGGCAGUAUCGUAACUCACACAAAACAAUGAUAACUGCUACUGGCCUCAUUGUUAUUUUGUGGCGUAUAUGUAUUUGGCGCACCCUUGUACCAAUGUUUAUGUGCUCAGUUAAAUGAAUUAUUUUAUCGUCGGAUGUCCUUACAUUAUUAUUAUGAUUAUGCAAACUCCAUACGAUAUCUUUCACAGGUAGUUUUACUAUUUACUAAUGAGUUACAAUAUCAAGAUCUCAGAAAUCAAUCAAUAAAUGCCUUGUUAUGAGAUUUAAGAUGGGUCACAGUUUAACUUAUUCGUUUCAUACUCUCCUCACAGUAAACAUUUUACUGCACCAUGUAUUUCAUUUUUGCCUACUUGUCUUCUUUCUCAUUAUGGCAUUAUUUAUUUCAUUUUUUGAUAUCUUGGGGUUAUAGAGAUAAGUGCAUCUGUUCAAAUUGACGUAAUAUAACUCAUGUAAAUGAAUGUAGUCCAAUUUUUUUAUAAGUUGGAAAGUAAGGUUUUAGGACCGUCAGUCUGUAACUUUAUUGUAUAAGUUGUCUCGUUUUAUGCCAGACGAAGUAGCAAAACUUUCAUUUAAUCUUGUUUAUAUGUAACUGGAAGUAAAUAAUAUCUAGUAAGUCUAAGGAAUGAAGAUUUGUUAUUUGGCGUACACAAAUUUGUCAUUGUAUCAGAAACAUAAUGUGCUCAUAUCUAGUCUUAUAAUUGUUAGAAAAGUAAAACAUAAGGUUUUUGUCUGUUGUGAUUUUGUUCAGAUUUCACGUUAUUUACUUCCGUUUUGAUAUUUUCAAAUGUAUUAAAUUUCGUGCACAAUAUCUUUAUUAAAAUUUUGUUUUAACUUUCGAUGACUUAAUAUCUACUAUACAUAGAGAGAACUGUGGCAAUCUUCAUAUUUAAAGAGGGAAAACUCAUUAAGAAGAUUUUUCUGAAGUUUCUUAGUAUGGAGUUCGGGUUUCUGAAAGCGUGACUAUCUGCUCUUAGGACCAAAUAAUACCGUAUAUGUGAUUCGUUCUCUUCUGUUUAGAGUGUUAGAAGUGGAAAACAUCUGCUAAUAUGUGUUUAUUUAGUGUAGUAAAAUAGGUUUGACCAUCGUUAAGGCAAAUGUUAUAGCCACUAAUGACAGUUGGUAUAAAGUGAACUCUGCUAAUGACUCUAGGGUAUCUAGAGAAAGACAAACACUAGUUUAUCCAUAUUGCAGAUGUAUUGAAUGAUCUCCAUCUAAGGAUAGUUUAAGAAUAUAUCAUUUACUCACUAAAUAUUUCUUUUCUAAUAUUGAUCAAACAUAAUGUACAGUAGAAAAAGGACAAGUUAUAGCAUCAUUUUACGAGAUUUGUAUCUUGCAGACUACGCCUUGAGAUAAUAUGUGCUUUUUAAAAGUUUACUAUUAACCAAAAAAUGUAUUAAAAUGUGUUUGUUCAGUAAGACAAUUGAAAAAUGGUUUUUAAAAAUGAACGAUUAAUGAUUGUAGUUUCAGUAUCUGAUAAUCUUGAUAGAACGUGUGCUUAGGAAUUUUUGUCCGUAAAUUACAUUUUUAUGUUGCUUAGACUUUUGAUUAUAAUGGCUGGUGAUCGAGGAUAUUCAGGUGGCGAUUUUGCCGGAAACAACUUCGAGGAGUAUGACGACGAGGAGUACUGUGAUAGAGCAGAUGAUGAUGAUGACGAUGAAGAGGAAGAUGAUGAUGAAGACGAUUAUAAAGAGGAAAAUGCUCGUCAGGAAACAGAAGAACAAGCACGAAUGCUACUUGAAAAAGCCAAGACAUCCAAGGUUGUUUUUGUCGUGCGAACGAAUGUUGCGUUUCAUGGGUCGGUGGUCGAUGAUUGCCCUGUUCCUGGAAUGGCUGUAAGCUUCCAAGUUAAAGAUUUUCUGCAUAUUAAAGAAAAAUUUAAUAAUGAAUGGUGGAUUGGUCGGUUAGUGAAAGAAGGUUGUGAUGUUGGCUUUAUUCCGUCACCAGCGAAAUUGGAGGCUAUGCAAAAUUUCGGUGCUAGAGGUAUGAGCAAAAGUUCCACAGGUAAUUUUGAUAAUUCACGAACUGGAAAUUCAAGGCCAUCAACACCACCAGCCGAUGGUGCUGACACCAUUAACAGAAGUUAUGAUGAAGACAGUAAUCCCAGACGAGAAACACCAUCAGGUAAAGCUUCCGUCAGUGCAAGAGCUGGUCGUAAGCCAUUUUUUAAGAAAAGUGAUAAUUUACCUCCUUACGACGUUGUACCAUCUAUGCGUCCAGUAGUUCUAAUUGGUCCUUCUUUAAAAGGUUAUGAAGUAACUGACAUGAUGCAGAAAGCCUUGUUUGACUUUUUAAAACGGCGUUUUGAAGGAAGAAUUAUCAUAACUAGAGUGACGGCUGACAUAUCACUUGCUAAACGAUCCCUACUUAAUAACCCUACUAGAAGAGCUAUUAUGGAUAAAUCUUCUACAAGAAAUCAAUCAUUAGAGGUUCAACAGGAAAUCGAACGCAUAUUUGAUUUAGCUCGUACACAACAACUCGUCGUACUGGACUGUGAUACAAUUAAUCAUCCAAGUCAAUUAUCUAAAACAUCUCUUGCACCAAUUACAGUUUAUUUAAAAAUAAGUUCAACAAAAGUACUUCAACGUUUGAUUAAAACACGUGGUAAAUCUCAAGCACGAAACAUGAAUGUUCAAAUGGUUGCAGCUGAAAAACUCUUACAAUGCACUAAUGAUCAGUUUGAUGUGAUUUUAGAAGAAAACCAACUUCCAGAUGCCUGUGAACAUUUAGCUGAAUAUUUAGAAGCAUAUUGGAGAGCCAGUCAUCCAACUGGUAAAGUCACAAAAGCUGAACGUAUCCUUGGAAUUGGGACAGGUGCAAACUCAAAUCAGUCUGUUGAAAACGAGAUGUCACAUGUAACGCAUCGACGUCAAAGUAAUGCAUUUAAAAAUGACAAAAGAAAAGGCAAAAUUGAUCAAGAUUAUAAUGGAUCUAGAGAUUAUUCAAAUUCAAUUUCUUCACCAAGACGAGGUUCAACUCAAUUCGAAAAUAAUAGACGACGUUAUGUGGAUGAACAAGAAUUACUUUCAGAUGCAGAUGAUUAUCGUCACAAACCACAUAAUGAAGUACGGACUGUUUGGAAUAAUACUGAAAAGAAUAUUUAUUCGCCAUCUCAUGAACAUCGUUUAUCGCCUAAUCAGGCAUUGCAACAUGACAGACAAAUGAAAGAAUCUAAUCGCAUAAAUCCUAUAUCUGUUGGAAUUCAUAACAGAUAUAAUCAUCAUCCACAAUAUGAUACUGAAGAAUCCGAUUCACCUUUGGAGAAUGAUCGCUUUCUUGUCGACUCAGGUUAUCCAAAAACUCGAAGAAGUCGUCAAGGUUCAAUCAUGAUUUAA